AUGCCAGCUGCCUCAGCUGUCUUCUAUAUCCCUGAACUUCUCGAACAUAUUAUCUCCGAGCUCCCGCCUUUCGACAUAAUCCACUAUCAACGUGUGAACCGCACAUGGCACAAGCUUAUUGCCGAUUCUCCUCUUUUGCAGUAUAAGGCAUGGCUACGCAAUGACUUCCCGGAUCCCACUCAGCACGUCCAGCCUGACGAUCUCAUACCUAAACUGAGCGCAGAUGAUCCUAAUUAUCCAUAUGCCUCCAAGGCUGCAAAAGACUACGACACCAAGCGGUACAUCUACAACAUCUCCAAGCACCUGCACCCCAUCAUCAUGGCGAACAUUAUGAAAGACGUUCCCUAUGAUCCGAGCUUAUCUUUCGACCCAGCUCAGGACAUGGACACGUGGGGCUUCGGGGGGUACUUUAGCUUCCGCCCUGUGCUUCUGCGCGCUCUGCGUCAAUGGUGCGAGGCGCACAAGUCGUCCGAACAUGUUUGGGGCCACAUCUCCUUGUACCGCCCCGAGGCUCGUAGGAUCAAUUGGGAUGUUUCUUGCUCAGACGAUGCGAGUAUUCCGUUCUCGCUCGAGGCAAGAUGCAAUGACGAUCCCAACGCUAGCCGCUACUCUUCGGACCUCAUCGAGAACGAGACUGUAGUUAACAAACGGCCGGGCGAGCCGUUGUUUCUGACGCUGGGGGAUCUAUUCGGAAGAUUGGACAGGCUGUGGAAUAGAUGGAUUGAUGGUGAGCGGGAGACGCAUUAUCUGAGCCAUGAUGGGGCGGGCUGUGAUUAUGAUUAUGGAUUGCCAGAUUAUUGUUUGGAGUCAAGCGAUGAGGAAGACGAGGAUGACGAAAAGGAUGAAGAUGAAAAGAUGGAGAGACACAAAUUUGGCGUGAAGAUGACGGAGGAAGAGCACAUUGACGCCUGUGUGGAGAGGGCUUCGAAGUGA